UCCUUUCCCUGACACCGACCCUUAUUCUCAUUCGUGAGCUGGCCAGGGCCCCUCCUACAUGGGCUACAAUUAGAGUGCCCAAUCAAGCCUACCCAGGCACUGAUGACUAACAGUACCCUUCUACUGUCAAUUAACGUUCCUGUGAGAGAAAAGCCCCAGGAGAUUGCUCAGACGUGUUGCCAAAAAGCUUUCUUGCCUCCUCCGCCUCUCUUCGCGGUGGCAUUUCUCCCGGAACCUCCAUGCUUUUCUUCAGCUGGCAGCACUAUCGCGACUGGUAUCCAGGUCCGUAGCUCUUGUUGAAAGACACCCACACCCUUGCUCCUCAUCGUCUGGAGCUAUCUGGUUGGGUACGUCAUCGAGAGAGCGACGCGGAGUAGGCUGUCAAGUCAACGGCCUUGCAUUCCACAUCCAUAAUGACAAACCCUUUGGCUAUAUCUCUACCUAAAGACAGCUCCAGUGACGCCGAAGACAAAGUAAAGAUGAGCAACCGGCAAACCAACCAUAAGCUCGUUGUCGUGGGGUCCCAGGCAAGGCUGCCUAUGAACGGCCGUGGGCCCACGGUGAACCGACGGCCACAGCUUCACGAGUCGAACCGAAACCAUGAUGUACGGCGAUAUCGUCCCGCAAUGGACGACCAGAAUAAUCACUCAGACAUCCCAACGUACGACAACCCCGAUUCAUACAGAUUUGAGAGUUCCAGCCGGAGUACUGACGGUCGCAACUCCGAUUCCGCUUCGUCAAGUAGUAGGAUAAGCGCAGCAGUGUCUCCUGGACUAUCCACUCUAGCCAGCGCAGGAAUUAGCACCGAUCAGACAACCCCAUCAGACCCGCAAACCGAGUUCAGACUACCUGGUGAUGAUGAAUAUACCCGAGCGACGUCUCUGGACCGCAUCUCCCAGGUGAAUCUCUCCCCAGUUUCAACGAACAGCGAGUAUAGCGAGGAGGUAUUCAUGGUUGGCAGCAACCCUGCAACCAAGGUUUCGGCAUUGAUGGCACUGGAUACACAAGCAUCAGCCAAUUUGAUGGAUAUUGAGUUACAGCAGGAGUUGGAAUUGGAGAUGGAGCCUUGCGAUCAGGAACUCGUCCCAUUGCAGACCAAAACCGGCAAGGACAGAAUCAAGCCGUUUGGCAUCGCGAAGGGCGUCUCAUGGCAUUUUGCACAACGCGAAAAGACAUUUACCAGUGACUUCCUGGUUGUGGAUAUGAAGAACUAUAAUGCCAUCUUGGGAAGGAAGGACAUCAAGAAAUUGGAGAUUCUCAAAUCUGGACCUGGCCUUGAACGCCGUACGACGAUCCGGAUGUUCCACUCGUGAAGAUGAUCCAUGUCAUGUAUGAGCAUGACGAUACUUUGACCCAUUGUGGAUGCGCACCAAGCUCAUCCCACCAUUGGGGGACUCUACGCAUUCUUAUACGUACUUUACGACUGAUUGUGAUACCCGAAAGGGCAGCUGCGGAUAUUGUAUCACACAUAUACUUUGGAGCAGGUGCUACCCAGCUUUGCACGGACAAAGCAAGGUUCCAACCAGUCAAUGACCGACAUAUUCUUAAUGACGGGGUGUAUCCUAACUUAUGAUUGUCUACGUUGUACAUGUCCGAUUGAGGCGCAUUGAUGAUUUGUCUUGAACCUAGUUAGUUACCUUGGGCGGCGUUUUUGUGGAAAGGGAAUUAAUCAUGGAUGGUUGGGAGAGCAUUGGAUAAGGCAAGGGCGUGUUUCAGUAGUUGAUUCGCGGGAUAUUUGUUUGAUUAACGAUACGUGGGAGCACUGUGUGUCGCAAGCGGUGACACAUUCAAAUAUUAUUACUUACUCUGGAC